AUGGCAGGAAGGAUUUCAUGUAAAGACUUGUGCGACAAGGAGGAGGGCGAAAGUUAUUUCCAACACGAGUAUUGUGAUCAUGGAUGCUAUUAUUACGUCGAGGAAGAAUUUCUUGUAGAUACUGAGGAAGGAGACCGUGAACCAUUUUAUGGAAAUGAAUUAUUUUGUGGUGUUUACGUCUUUGUUCUAAGGGAAGCCAGCCUGUUUCAAGAUAAAGUUUUACUCUACUUAAGUUACAUAAAACGGCGAGGGGGAGAGAGCAAGGAGCACGACAAGACACCAGACAGAGAGCAAGGAGCACGACAAGACACCAGACAGAGAGCAAGGAGCACGAGAAGACACCAGACAGAGAGCAAGGAGCACGGAAAGACACCAGACAGAGAGCAAGGAGCACGACAAGACACCAGACAGAGAGGGAGAGCAAGGAGCACGACAAGACACCACACAGAGAGCAAGGAGAACGAAAAGACACCAGACAGAGAGCAAGGAGCACGAAAAGACACCAGACAGAGAGCAAGGAGCACAAACAAGACACCACACAGAGAGCAAGGAGCACAAACAAGACACCAGACAGAGAGCAAGGAGCACACAAGACACCAGACAGAGAGCAAGGAGCACACAAGACACCAGACAGAGAGCAAGGAGCACGACAAGACACCAGACAGAGAGCAAGGAGCACGACAAGACACCAGACAGAGAGCAAGGAGCACGACAAGACACCACACAGAGAGCAAGGAGCACGACAAGACACCGGACAGAGAGCAAGGAGCACGACAAGACACCACACAGAGAGCAAGGAGCACGACAAGACACCAUGACAGAGAGCAAGGAGCACGACAAGACACCACACAGAGAGCAAGGAGCACGCAAGACACCAAGACACCAGACAGAGAGCAAGGAGCACGACAAGACACCAACAGAGAGCAAGAGCACGACAAGACACCAGACAGAGAGCAAGGAGCACGACAAGACACCAGACAGAGAGCAAGGAGCACGACAAGACACCAGACAGAGAGCAAGGAGCACGACAAGACACCAACAGAGAGCAAGAGCAGACAAGACACCAACACAGAGAGCAAGGAGCACGACAAGACACCAGACAAGAGCAAGGAGCACGACAAGACACCAACAGAGAGCAAGGAGCACGACAAGACACCAGACAGAGAGCAAGGAGCACGACAAGACACCAGACAGAGAAACAUGAUAUUCGUCACCAUGUUACAAUCUAAUGGUGUUAGCAAUGUAUCAAACAAGUUCAAGUUCUUUAUUACCUUGAGUCAAACGACUCAUCGGUUUUAA